UUUAUUAGAAAAUAAAUGUCUACAUGAGCUAAUUUAAAUCUUCAAGAUAGAGCUUCUCCUUUAAUGGAACAAUUAAUUUUUUUUCAUGAUCACGCAUUAUUAAUUUUAAUCAUAAUUACUAUUUUAGUAGGAUAUUUAAUAUUUAUGUUAUUUUUUAAUAAUUAUGUAAAUCGAUUCCUUUUACAUGGUCAAUUAAUUGAAAUAAUUUGAACAAUUUUACCAGCAAUUAUUUUAUUAUUCAUUGCUUUCCCUUCUCUUCGUCUUUUAUAUUUACUUGAUGAAAUUAAUGAACCAUCUGUAACUUUAAAAAGUAUUGGACAUCAAUGAUAUUGAAGUUAUGAAUAUUCAGAUUUUAAUAAUAUUGAAUUUGAUUCUUAUAUAAUCCCUACUAAUGAAUUAGCAACUGAUGGAUUUCGUUUAUUAGAUGUUGAUAAUCGAGUAGUUUUACCUAUAAAUUCUCAAAUUCGAAUUUUAGUAACAGCUGCUGAUGUAAUUCAUUCUUGAACAAUUCCAGCUUUAGGAGUUAAGGUUGAUGGAACUCCUGGACGAUUAAACCAAACUAACUUUUUUAUUAAUCGACCUGGGUUAUUUUUUGGACAAUGUUCAGAAAUUUGUGGGGCUAAUCAUAGUUUUAUACCAAUUGUAAUUGAAAGUGUUCCUGUAAAUUAUUUUAUUAAAUGAAUUUCUAGUAAUAAUUCUUCAUUAGAUGACUGAAAGCAAGUGAUGGUCUCUUAAACCAUUUUAUAGUAAAUUAGCACUUACUUCUAAUGGAAUAUAUAUAUAUAUAUAUAUAUAUAUAUAUAUACUAGUCAAAAAAUUAGUUAAAUAUAUAACAUUAGUAUGUCAAACUAAAAUUAUUAAAUUAUUAAUAUUUUUUAAUUCAACAAAUAGCACCAAUUAGAUGAUUAUUAUUAUUUAUUGUAUUUUCUAUUACAUUUAUUUUAUUUUGUUCAAUUAAUUAUUAUUCUUAUAUACCUUCUUCUCCUAAAUCUAAUGAAUUAAAAAAUAUUAAUUUAAAUUCAAUAAAUUGAAAAUGAUAACAAAUUUAUUUUCUGUAUUCGACCCUUCAGCAAUUUUUGGUAUUUCUCUAAAUUGAUUAAGAACAUUUUUAGGAUUAUUAAUAAUUCCUUCAAUUUACUGAUUAAUACCUUCUCGAUAUAAUAUUUUCUGAAAUUCAAUUUUAUUAACUUUACAUAAAGAAUUUAAAACUUUAUUAGGACCUUCAGGACAUAAUGGUUCAACAUUUAUUUUUAUUUCUUUAUUUUCAUUAAUUUUAUUUAAUAAUUUUAUAGGAUUAUUCCCAUAUAUUUUUACAAGAACAAGUCAUUUAACUUUAACUUUAUCUUUAGCUUUACCAUUAUGAUUAUGUUUUAUGUUAUAUGGAUGAAUUAAUCAUACACAACAUAUAUUUGCUCAUUUAGUACCUCAAGGAACACCAGCUGUUUUAAUACCUUUUAUGGUUUGCAUUGAAACAAUUAGAAAUGUAAUUCGACCAGGAACAUUAGCUGUUCGAUUAACUGCUAAUAUAAUUGCAGGUCAUUUAUUAUUAACUUUAUUAGGUAAUACAGGACCUUCUAUAUCUUAUGUUCUUGUAACAUUUUUAUUAAUCGCACAAAUUGCUUUACUAGUUCUUGAAUCAGCUGUAGCUAUAAUUCAAUCUUAUGUAUUUGCUGUUUUAAGAACUUUAUACUCUAGAGAAGUAAAUUAAUGUCAACACAUUCAAAUCACCCUUUUCAUUUAGUUGAUUAUAGACCAUGACCUUUAACAGGAGCAAUUGGAGCUAUGACAACUGUAUCAGGAAUAGUAAAAUGAUUUCAUCAAUACGAUAUUUCAUUAUUUUUUUUAGGAAAUGUUAUUACUAUUUUAACAGUUUAUCAAUGAUGACGAGAUGUAUCACGAGAAGGAACAUAUCAAGGACUUCACACUUAUGCAGUAACAAUUGGAUUACGAUGAGGAAUAAUUUUAUUUAUUUUAUCAGAAGUUUUAUUUUUUGUUAGAUUUUUCUGAGCAUUUUUUCAUAGAAGUUUAUCUCCAGCUAUUGAAUUAGGAGCCUCAUGACCUCCAAUGGGAAUUAUUUCAUUUAAUCCAUUUCAAAUUCCUUUAUUAAAUACAGCUAUUUUAUUAGCUUCAGGAGUUACAGUUACAUGAGCUCAUCAUAGAUUAAUAGAAAAUAAUCAUUCUCAAACAACUCAAGGCUUAUUUUUUACAGUUUUAUUAGGAGUGUAUUUUACAAUUUUACAAGCUUAUGAAUAUAUUGAAGCUCCUUUUACUAUUGCAGACUCAGUUUAUGGUUCAACAUUUUUUAUGGCUACAGGAUUUCAUGGAAUUCAUGUAUUAAUUGGAACAACUUUUUUAUUAGUAUGUUUAUUACGACAUUUAAAUAAUCAUUUUUCAAAAAAUCAUCAUUUUGGAUUUGAAGCAGCUGCAUGAUAUUGACAUUUUGUUGAUGUAGUUUGAUUAUUUUUGUAUAUUACAAUUUACUGAUGAGGAGGAUAAUUUAUUAUUAUCUAUAUAGUAUAAAAGUAUAUUUGACUUCCAAUCAUAAGGUCUAUUAAUAAUAGUAUAGAUAAUUUUUUCAAUUAUUUUAAUCGCUUUAAUUAUUUUAUUAAUUACAACUGUUGUAAUAUUUCUAGCUUCUAUUUUAUCAAAAAAAGCUUUUAUUGAUCGUGAAAAAAGUUCACCUUUUGAAUGUGGAUUUGACCCAAAAUCUUCUUCUCGAUUACCAUUUUCUUUACGAUUUUCUUUAAUUACAAUUAUUUUCUUGAUUUUUGAUGUAGAAAUUGCUUUAAUUUUACCAAUAAUUAUCAUUUUAAAAUUUUCAAAUAUUAUAAUUUGAUCAAUUACAGCAAUUUUAUUUAUUUUAAUUUUACUAAUUGGCUUAUACCACGAAUGAAAUCAAGGUAUAUUAAAUUGAUCAAAUUAAAUUA